CUAGCAGCUGGGAUCGAUCCAUCACCCAGUCGCAUAUACACGAGUGAACAGGUCAAUCUAGCAUGGCGCUGGCGUCUUUGUCCAAGGUGGUGCUGGGGUCGGCGGCGUUCGGGGUAUUCUGGGUGCUGGCCGUGUUCCCGUCGGUCCCUUUCCUGCCGAUCGGGCGCACGGCGGGUGCGCUGCUGGGGGCUGCUCUGAUGGUCGUCUUCCACGUGAUCAGCCCGGACGACGCCUACGCGUCCGUGGACCUCCCCAUCCUGGGCCUCCUCUUUGCCACCAUGGUCGUCGGCGGCUACCUCAAGAGCGCCGGCAUGUUCGGGCACCUUGGCCGGCUGCUGGCGUGGCGGAGCCAGGGCGGGCGCGACCUGCUAUGCCGCAUCUGCGUCGUCACGGCCCUCGCCAGCGCGCUCUUCACCAACGACACCUGCUGCGUCGUGCUCACGGAGUUCGUGCUCGAGCUCGCCGCCGAGCGCAACCUCCCCGCGAAGCCGUUCCUGCUGGCGCUGGCCACCAGCGCCAACAUCGGGUCCAGCGCCACGCCCAUCGGGAACCCGCAGAACCUGGUCAUCGCCUUCAACAGUAAGAUCUCAUUCGUGGGCUUCCUCCUCGGCAUCCUGCCGGCCAUGCUCGUUGGUAUGGCCGUCAACAUGGUCAUGCUGCUCUGCAUGUACUGGAAGGACCUCGAGGGGAGCAGUCCCGACGCGGUGGCCGCCGAGAAGGAGAUGGCGGCAGUCGAGGAGGGUCGCCGGCCGUCCCCGGCGACGUCGACGACGCUCAAGAGCCCCGGCCAGACGAUGCUGGUCCAGUCCUCGUCGCUGGUCGCCGGCGCCGACCACGAGUCGGUGAUGGUGGAGAGCAUCUCGACCAAGCACCGGUGGUUCAUACAGUGCUCGGCGCCGCAGCGGAGGCUGUUCCUCAAGAGCUUCGCGUACGUCGUGACCGCCGGCAUGCUGGUUGCCUACAUGCUGGGGCUCAACAUGUCGUGGACGGCCAUCACCACCGCCGUCGCCCUCAUCGUGGUGGACUUCCGCGACGCCGAGCUCUGCCUCGGCAAGGUGUCUUACUCGUUGCUGGUUUUCUUCACGGGAAUGUUCGUGACCGUGAGCGGGUUCAACAAGACGGGGCUCCCCGGCGCCAUCUGGAAAGUCAUGGAGCCAUACUCCAAGAUCAACCACGUGAGGGGCAUCACAGUGCUCUCCCUCAUCGUCAUCGUCCUCUCCAACCUUGCCUCCAACGUACCAACCGUGCUGCUGAUGGGUGACGAGGUGGCGGCGUCGGCAGCGACGAUCUCGACGGCGGCGGUGACGCGGUCGUGGCUGCUGCUGGCGUGGGUGAGCACGGUGGCGGGUAACCUGUCCCUGCUGGGGUCGGCGGCGAACCUCAUCGUGUGCGAGCAGGCACGCCGGGCGCCGCGCAACGCGCACGACCUCACCUUCUGGAGCCACGUCGUCUUCGGCGCGCCGUCCACGCUCGUCGUCACCGCCGUCGGCAUACCCCUCAUUGGCAUCAUCAACGCUGCCUAGUUCGAUCCACCAAAAUUAUUAGUACUACUACUACUAGCACAUGCCGAUCGAAAGUUAAAAGUUGACGAACCGCUGCAUGCUCAAUUAUAUAUGCAUGCUCCAUGCGCACGGUCGAUCCAUCGAUCGAGUAGAAAUAUUUCUGAAGUAUGUUCAUUUUCCCCUUUUUGCAAAACUGAGUCUGUUACAUAUAUGUAGUCUGUAUGUAUAUACUGAUAUUUGGUAAGCAUCGUACGUAGAGGUAUCAGCGUGCACUGGUCGUAAUUAAGGAGAGAAGGA